AUGCGCUCCCUCAACACUGGAUUUGAUGAACUCCAUGCCCUUGUGCAAGAUUUCGAUUUUGAGGUCAUUGGUGUCACUGAGACAUGGCUUGACCCUUAUACUCCUUCUCUCAGUUACGAGAUGCCGGGUUACACUUUUUUGAGAGCUGACCGCAGUCCGCAGCCUGGUGGUGGCGUUGCCGUUUACAUCAAGGACUGUCUUAGAUUUGAGCGAGUCGAGCUGGCCGAAGUUGACCCUAGUAUUGAACACAUUUCGCUUAUUGUCAGAAUGAGAGAGUGUAAACUAGGGGUUGCCAUCGUCUACAGACCGCCUGAUGUGAACUACACUUGCCUAAAAUCUCUGUUCCAGUCUUUUUUUGUGGACAUGGCUGUUGAGGUUAACUCUGACGUCUGUUUGGGUGACAUCAACGUUGAUCUGAUGUCCAAUACCUGCAGUGCUGCUGGCUACCUUCGUCGUCUGAUUAAGUCUCACAACGUUGUACAGCAUAUCAGUGAGCCGACUAGAGUGACAAGCACUUCAGAAACACUGAUUGAUCAUCUGAUUGCUGACAAAGCUACCAAAGUAGAAAAGUGUGGAGUUAUAGACACAUCAAGUAUUAUUGAUCAUCGAGGAUUGAGAAUAACAGACCAUAGACUCAUAUAUUGUGACUUAAGAUUCGAACAAGAGAAGACUCAGGCUAAGUUGAUAAGGUACAGAGAUUACUCCAAAUUUAAUCUGAAUGAAACAUUGGCAAUGGCUGCUGAAGUGGAUUGGAAUAGAGUAUGUGAUCUCAGCGGUGUUGAUGAUAUAGAAUAUUUCAUAGCUUCCAACGUUAAAAGCAUUUUUGACAAACAUGGUCCAAUUGUUACUAAAAGAGUAACAAAAAAUAAGGCCCCCUGGAGAACCCGAGAAGUUAUAGAACUCACAAAAUUGAAAACCAGGUUGAAGAGGCAGUUUCUUAGGAAUCAGAAUGAUGCUAACUGGUCAGAAUAUAAAAGAGUCAGAAACACACUGAAUAGUGCUAUAAGAUCGGCAAAGAAGAGAUAUUUUGAAGAUAAACUGGCCAAUUGUAGAGACUCCAGUAUUUUCUGGAAAUGCUUACGGCAGAAUGGUAUAGUGGGGUCAAAAGAUCAAAAACUGCCUCCAAACAUGAAUACUAAUGAUAUAAACAAGUACUUCACAGAGAUGGGCACGUCUUGCGAACCUGAUGAAGCAUUGGAGCAGUUUUAUGAUACGAACAGAAAGGGUAGGACUAACUAA